CUUGGAAUUCUGGGAGACAAACAGUGGUCGGUAUGAAUAGCAUUAGCGUCAACAGCAGUUACUACUACGGGUGCGCGAAUAUAGACACAAUCGGCUUCAAAACAAGCUGGCUCUGUCAACGACUUUGUCACUCUUGCUGUCACUUUGCCCGGGGAAGUGUACUAGAAGGUCAAUUUCAGUGUCUCGAACGUUGAAAUGGAAAACUACUUUCAGCAGCAAACGGAAGACUGGCUAGCUAGCUAGCCAAUCUUAGUGGAAGAACUGCUGGCAAUAAUUUAUGCAAAAUAGGACUGGAGAGUAUCAAAAGUUCAAGUCUUCCACGGAUAACCGACGUGUGCAAUCGCUGUCUUUAAAUGGGUUCCUGAAUUUCAACACGAUUUUUAGUUUGUUGAAUAAUUGAUUUGUCCGUUUUCCAAAUUAAUUGAUCCUGUUCAACGCUCUGAUUCUGUGUUGACAACUGCGAGAUGGCAUGUGUCUAAAAUACAGCCCCGUUACAAGUGAUUUGAUUGACAUGCUUUGUAACUCAGAUACAUUUAGAUUAACUAGAUGUCGGACAAACUAUUGGGCUUGCUAACGAAACAUGAGAAGAGGUUGGCUUAUUUCUGAUACGUAGCUAGUCGACUGCAACAGGCGUCCUCUGUUUCUGGGGGCUAUGGGUGUCAAUAAACAGCCAUCAAUAGCCUAACCUGUUCUCAAAUAUUUGACAAUUAUUCUCUUUGGUAAACGGGCGGGUUUGAAUCAGAAGUCUCAUCCUUCGCGUCCAGGGACACCCACGCAACAUUUAUCUGAGCGGCGCUGUCGCCUUGGAUCGAUUAUCCUGGGCCAUCAUGUGGACGUCGGGGUCCACGACCCUGCAGCACUUUGUUAAGAUCCUGAAACAUGCCGCGGGUAAAGGGCAGAUUCAACUCAACCGUUGGUUGCAUAGGACAUCCACAGAUGAUUGCGACAAAAUAGACAUAUUGAUAUGCAACGCCUUCGAUGAGAGAGGAGCCGUAGGAAAACCUGACGCGGACACAGAAAUCAGCGACACAGGGGUUUCAUUUACUGGUGACUUCAGACACCCGUGUUGUAUUACUACCUGCUGUUUCAAGAGCGCCCUGCUCGCUUGCAUUUUGACUGCUGUGUGCUUCUCUUCCGUGGCUCUCGUGCGCCAAUACCUCAAGGAUCUUCUCCUAUGGGUCGAAAGUUUGGACAGUUUUGUCGGAGCCUUGCUGUUUAUAGUUGGCUUGAUUAUCGUUUCGUUCCCUUGCGGAUGGGGGUAUAUUGUUCUCAACGUGGCAGCGGGCUACCUCUAUGGCUUCGUACUUGGUAUGGGACUAGUUAUGGUGGGAGUUUUGAUUGGGACCUUCGUGGCGCACCUUGUGUGCAAACGGCUAUUGACUGACUGGGUGCUUAACAAGGUCGGGAACAGUGAGCAACUCAGCGCCGUGAUACGAGUUGUGGAGGGUGGAAGUGGACUCAAAGUUGUGGCCUUAGCAAGACUCACGCCGAUACCAUUCGGCCUCCAAAAUGCAGUUUUUUCGAUCACAGACGUGUCCUUGCCAAACUACCUGGUGGUCUCAUCCAUGGGCCUGCUGCCCACCCAGCUGCUCAACUCCUACCUGGGCACCACCCUGCGCACCAUGGAGGAUGUCAUCGCAGAGCAGAGCAUCAGCGGAUACUUGGUCUUCAGCCUGCAGAUCAUCAUCAGCAUUGGGUUGAUGUUCUACGUGGUCCACCGCGCACAGGUGGAGCUCAACGCCGCCAUCGCCGCCUGCCAGAUGGAGCUGAAGACGUCCCACAUGAACGGCAGCUCCACCAAUCACAGCGGCUUCACCUACUGCAGCAAGAGAGCUUCGGCAGGGGGCGGGGUCAACGUGGUCUGAACACUAAACCGGCAUUGGGGGGGGGGCGAAACUGAAGUGUUACACACACACACACCCCUCCCCCUCUCAUGUAAUGGACGGGUAGCGAGGUCGUACUACGUUCCAAGAUGGGUGGUUGUGUGGAUCUGGGCGGUUUACGGCAGAGGACUGCAGAAGUCGUUUGUAAACCAGGUGGAUGGUGUGUUUUCUUCACCAUUUGCCCACCAUGGCACCUCCCCCCCCAUCACAGCCAAUAUCCAGGCUGAGGUCUGUGGAUAAUCUCUUUUAAAGAGCGGGACCAUGGUUGAUCAACAAACUGGUAUCCUAUGAGCGAUGACUUAAUGGUGUCAAAAGACAUACAUUCGUUUUUUUGGGUUUGUUGUUUUUUCCCUCCUCUCCUUGAAACUGGACUUAUCCGGCUCUGUUACAAGGGUCGUUAUGCAGUUAAAUAGGCCUCAGUUGAGUAUGUAAUUACAACAAUAGGCAUAACUGCUGCCUGAUAAUAAUAUGAAUGUGUAACCUAGAUCUUUUUACAAAUGUACCAAGGAGAUGUCAUUUUUAGAAAUGCCUACUUAUGUGCUGUGCAUAUUCCAGCGUUUUCUUGUUUUUCUUCAUUUCUUAUUAUUUUCGAUACAUUUUUUAAGUCAUUUAAAAUCCAUUUCUGAUUUGCAAAAUUGAAAAAAAGGUAUUAUAAAAUUGGGGUUUCUAUUUUGCCGUUUAGUUGAAUUCUCUUUUAUGUUUUAAAGUGUCUUAUUACUAAGAUAGACAGGAAAAAAAUGAGAGGGGGAAAUGUCUUUGUAAGCGUUCUAGCCAACCGAGUUCUGCUGGCUAAGAUCACGUCAGACAAUUUGGCCUGUCUGUCCAAGAUUGUUUCAGCAAUAAUGCUGCGCUGAUCUAGGAACAGAUGGGUAGGAGUGCAAGGUUCUCAGUGGGACAUUUUUUAAUGUUCUGCCAGGAAAACUGAGUGCAGUAUGAUUCACUCUACUGUUAGCGCAACCAGUCUCUUCUCCUCUUUGGCAAUAGGAUUCCUGCAGAAGUGAAAACGGCAGCCAUUUCUGGUCUUUAGAAAAGUUCUUUAGUUCGAGGGAAGCACAUUUUCUUUCGGUUGUUUCGUUUUAGGCUAUUUAGAUUCUUAUUUUGAAAGUUUCAACCUUUUGUGGGCUGUGUGAUAUUUUGUUUUCAUUCAUUUUGCUGUGCAAUACAACUAUACAAUGAACGGCAUGAUUGUCAAUUUCAAUGCUGUAACCAAACACAAAAAAGUUUCCUCCAUGCACACAACGGAGAUAUUUAAAAUUCUGGAUGUUCUCCUCACAUCAUGAAGACUAAAGCCUGGUGAUGUGACAAAACUGUUAAUUUUCUACGUGCCAUAAGGUUUAUUAACCCUUUUUGAGUCAAGGGUACACGUGACUUACUACUUAGUUUAUUACUAUGUAAUUAUCUACAUAUGAUUAUUAUUUCCAUGUCAGGUUUGAUUUGGAAAUCCUUUCGGACACAACUAUAGAUUAUCCAUAGAUUUAUUUGUACAGUCGACAAACAAUAUUUUUGAUAUUGAAAUGUAAAGCUGGGUAAGGAUUGGUUCAUUUAGGUGGAGGCUUUCUUGGAAAUGGUGUCUGACAAUCAAACAGGAUAUGGACACAAUGAAUGAAUGUGAUCAUGGUGUGUAUCAAAUAUAUUUUGUAUUCUAUCGUGUUGCUGCUCCUCAAACUGAAAGGUUUGAUUGAGGGAAUAUUGAAAAGGGCUCCUGUUUUUUCCCCAUCUCAAAAUCCUGAGUUUUAUUCUUCUUGAUGGCCACAAUCUUUUCCCCAUCCUCUUAUUUCCCUACUCUGUUCUUAAGACAGCACAGACAGUCAACAUGUUCGUUAAACACAUUCCCUUGCCGUUUGUUCCCUCAAAACCGGUUAAAUUACUUUGUAUGCUUAAUAUAUUUCAUGGAAUGUCCUCACUUUUCUUCUGUGGUUAAAAGGACCCCUUUCUGUCAGAAUUGAGCAAUAACGUAUAAUAAUGUAAAAGCGAGCAAUCUUUUUAUUUGUAUUUGUAUUGUUCUAUGAACCAAAGUCAGUGAUCAAUUGGAUACAAUUCAAAGAGUGAUUUACUCCAUUUUUUUAAUUAAUAGAAAUCAUAUUUGAGUUGAUAAUUCCCCAUUUUUCAGCUCCCAGAUGACUACAACUUCAAUUUGAAUCAAGUUCAUUUUCACCCCGGCACUUGUUCCUGCAGAGGAUGUGUCCUAACAUUCCUAGGCUUGUGCAACAACAACCUGCCUGUCACCUCGUGCUGCCUAUCUGACAUGUAUGGACACUUAAAUGCUGCCUAUGACUUGGUAGUAGAUUAGAUUGUUCACUAACCAUCAGCAAACUGUCAAGCAACCAUUCUCCCAAACAAACUCUUGAUUUUUGUCACUGAUCUACUUUAACAGACUGUUUGGUUUAUGAAUAUUUUUACAUUAUAAGGCUAUUUAACAUUUUGAGGCCUAUUCAAAUAAAACGUGAAAUGUUCACUUUGUUGAGGGGCAAUAACGAACUACUCUGCCAAGUCUAAUGCAAAAAAAGUUAAAAAAAAAAAAGAAUUUUAGAUCAUGAUUUGCCAUCAUGGUGUUGCUUUAGAGAUGUUUUUUUAAAGCUUUGGUCCUUCAUAGGUUGACUCUAACAUAGACAUAGUUAUGCAACUACAGAUUUCUAUGGGAAGUCUUUCAUAGACACCCUGCAAAGCCCUUGAAUCUGAGAUCUCUUAACUGUUCCUUUGAUAAAAUAACAAGUUAAAUGUCAGAUCAAGAGCCUGCUGGUACUAUGAAACACUUCCCCCCACCUGUAUCAAGUGCAUUACACAUAUAUACUGUAUUUUGUAAUACAGAGAAUUUUACAGUGUAUUAAUUGAUAUUUAUCGCUGUACUAUGCUUGUCCAGUGUUAUUUAUGAAAGGAGGAAAUAAAAAGCUGUCACUUUCUUAAAUAUGUGGUUUUUGUUUAGUUCCAAAAUACAUUUCGUUUAUCUAUUCCAACUGGCUUCAAAGUUCGAUGUAAUCUAUUGCAACCUUGCCUUGUGCUGAUUCUCUGGUCAAUGAUUUACAGAGGUCAAGUGAUAUUAAGUAACAUGAGUCAUCUUGUCUCUCAAACAUUGUUUACGGAGUGGUGUCAGUUUGUGUCAACCAUAGAAACGGGAUUUUAUGGUUAUCUGUAGGGAACAUUUUGACCAGCUGCGAUCCUUUAAACAGAUAUAAAGCCUCAUAACAGCUCACUCAGGUCAGCAAUGUCACGCUGGUUAUCAGGAACACAUCUCAUUGCCAUAGCCUACAUACAAUUGUCAAAUUAAUGACGUCCAUAUAACAGGGGCUUGAGAUGACUCAAUAUAUUGUCGCGACUCAAUACAGGCCUACAGUAUGAGACGCUGUGCUGGAUUACCGCUGGCGCGUAGCGACGGUGCGCACGAGGACAGUCCUAUAGUCGUUCUCACACUGCAGCUCUUCUUCUAACGCGGGCUUCUGGCGCUGCUUGUCGGAGCGAUUUCUGACUGGGGUGCUGAUGAAUGCGGUUGUGGUGGGAUGGAGCAGCAGAGCAACACAGGCAACACUUAGGCAUGCCCUUGCCUUGUCUUUGACAGCUAUCGAAGGGGGUCAUUCAGCAUUGGGGGAAGGGUAGGCUUGGUGGCUUGUUAUGGUGUCAGUCCAGGGGGUAUGUUUCCAAACAUUUUUGUGGCAGACAGAAUAGCUUCGAUUGGGGGCCUGAGAAUGGCUGUGUGUCUCUUGAUGCCAGACAAACUAAUAAAUACACACAAGUGCUGCUUGGCCCUGCAGCCAUCUGCCUUGGACUUGAACUGCAGACGAACAUAUCCAGUCCCCUCCCAAUCAUAAGGACAGCUGCCAGUGUAAAGGUGAGCCUUGAUGCUAAUCCUAGGUAAUAUCUUUCUCAUUCCUUCACAUGGUUUGGCUGCAGAGUUCCAAUUGGCAGGCUGGCCCUCUAAUACUGCCCCUACUGUGCCCAACUACAUUACCCACACUGCUCUAUUUGGAAUGAAAGGGCCCACAUCGACAAGGACACUGACUUGCAUGAUGCCAUUAAGAAAAUGCGUUACGUUGCACUGAUGGCAAUGACUGAGCAUGACACGAAAAUACAUGUUGUGCUUUCUUGAGCCAGGGUCAAGGGCAACUCUCUGAAACAGCUGGCAAAGACAAACACGAGGGAAAGUAAAGUAGCGUUACUUGUUCAAAACACAACUGUGGCAGGCUGAACGUUUUCAGUAUCGUGGCUGUAAAAGGUUGAUAGGUCCUGACAGAAGGCUGUUACUCAAGUCUGCUGGUUAGUCACGUGACCGUCCUCCUGCCCCAGACAGCUGCUGCCUCCAUCUGUAUCUUCCAGAGACCUUGCGAGUCAUCCCUCCCCUCUGCCCCAGGGGUGGCUGCAUGGCAAUGCAAAGGAAAAAAGUAUACCAUCCACCUGAAACCUUUUGAAGACAUUAUUUUGAAUGUGUUCUUGCAGGGUUCCGGCAAGAUUAUCUUGUCCUCCCUGAAGCCAUUUUUCUUUUAUUCUAAACAUGAUUGUUGGUGCAACACUACAUCCUACACAAACAAAUCUCCCACUUCUUUUUAGAAGGAAAUUCUAAUACUUGCUAUGUCCAAAACUAAGCUUAGCUUACCCUCAUUGUACUAAGAUUGUCCAUCUCUAACCUUCUGCUGCUUGGGUUUUAAGAAAUGUUUACGACCUUCUUCGAUCUUGGCACCAAAGGAACUUCCUCUGUUCAUCAUCAUGGUGGAGAAGAGGUGCAUGGCUGAAAGGGGACAGGGGCUUGUUAUGAUGCCUUCUCUGAGGCAGUCACAACCAUGUCCUCCCCCGGAGGUCAGCUCGUCUCUGAGGAAUGGGCGUUAAUGCCAACUGUCUUGCACUCAGCGGCCCUCCCAAAUGUCUC